AUGGGUUACUCCGAAAUUCACUGCCACAUAUGUGGCGUCAGUUUCAACAUCAGCCGUGCCCGCACAGAGAAGGAGCCUCGCAGCGCAGCUUGGGGUCAAGAGUGCGACUAUCCACAUCGCUUCCAUCCAGAGUCUUGUCCUGAUGAACCGGGAUGCUUUUGGGUCGACAGAUAUGCCGAUGGAAACGAAGAUGCUGAAGAACCCGAGAUUGCUCUCGUGGAGCCCGUCAAAGUCUUCCCCGCCGACAUUGAUGAAGACAACUUCGAGCCGGAUGAUUGGGAACAUAUUUCAGGGCCAAGAUGUAAUCAAGGCGAUGCUUACAACGGACACAACAUCUCGGUAAAGGCCAUGAGGGGUUGCAAAACCUCCCAAUGCCUUGUGCGCAAGCCAGAGGACUGGGAACCUGAGCCGGAUGAUGAGGAGUUUGAAACUUCGGGGCACUUCUUCCUCAGCGGUCUGAAUGACUCCAUGCCGAGCAGGGACAUGGACUAUCCCGAGGUCUUUCCUGCUCGUCAUGACUGCGACAGUCCUCAUGCUGACAACUGCAUCUGGACUAUCGAGGACGCUGAAGUCUACGCCAUGCCUUUUCAUCCGACCUGUCUCGAGGUUUUCAAGAGAGCCUCGCUGCAUAGGUACGGCGUUGUCGACAUUGAAUGCCUCACGCAGUGGUGGGCACAUGAAGCAAACUACGAGGACUUUCAUGCCUUUCCUCGACAUCCCGAUGUCGAAAAUGGCCAACAGCAGUCCUGGGAUCAUUCCCCAGGGGAUGAGUACCUUGCCGCCAAUCCAUGCUUUGUACCUGGCUUGGAAUCUCUCUUAUCUUCGGCGAAGCCUCCAAAAGAGCUUAGUCAGGCUGACUCUGAAGUAACUCCCACGGCCGUCUCGAUGGCGAAAAAUCCCAUGGAUCUCUUUUCCCGACUACCUGGAGAGAUUAGGAUGUUUAUCCUGCUGCAGUUGGGCUUUAGGGAUAUUGCCAACCUCCGGCUCGCUUCUCGGACAUUUUUGCAGCUACCCCAGUCGCUCUUCUAUCACUUGACUUUGAGCGACAGCCCGUGGCUAUACGAAGCUUGGUCGUCGUUGCCCAUCUCCUUCUGGGCUACCACAACACGGGAAGAGGAAGAGAAGAAGGAAAAUUCCCGACAGGCCAGGCUGACAGAGCUAAGAAACGCCAUUGAAGUUCUGGAGGACGAAGCCCAUGACUCUGGCGACCCCGACUCCAACGACGCUGCUAUUGAAGCCAUAGACAGGGAGAUUGAGAAACUCGAGGAUAGGUCCGGUGGCUCCCGUCCCACAACCGCGGUCAUUCAGCUCGAUCGUACCAAGACGGACUGGUACAGUCUACAGACUGAGAUCGGGAGAAACUGGAAGAAGUUACAGGGACUGCGAAACCGACGCAGGAUAUGGGACGAUUGCCAGGAGAUUCUCAACCGCGUGGAUGCUUAUCGAAGAGAGGGCAAGAUCCGCCGGGGGCAAGCGGUUGAUGUUGUCGCAAUGGCCAGACGAGCUGAGGAGGUGCAGGCUGAGAAGGGUAGGAGAUGGGCGAGGUAUUGUGCCGCAGGGAGGCAGGGUCCAUACAACCCAGAGGACUGGGCUUGA